AUGGCCGAGUACAGUGCGCAGCCCGCCAACGGGUUGCCUCGAAAUGGAGAGAGACAGCGCAGCUCGAAUGAUCGCUUUGAACUCAUUUCCGGUCCUCUGCUCAACCUUAAGAAUAUGCACUACCAAGCUGCGACCACCUGGCACGGCAGUGUCAUGAUUGUCACAAAGCCAACCCAGGAACAGCCCCAGCUGCGCCUGCGCCAGGUAGGUGCCGUAGAUAGCGGGUCGAACGACGACGGCAACCCCCAAACAAGCCAAACAGUCGAAGGCCUCAAGCUCUACGAAGAUCCCCUGAAGGCGUUCUGGCGAUUCUCUCUCACCGUGCCAGUGGCGGCCUUCGAGGCGCGCUGGGCGUACGACAUCCCCGGUCUGUACAACGAAUCUGAGGCCCAGGUCCAGGCACCGUGGGAAUUUGUAGUUCCUGCAGCAGAGCAGUCCAUGCGCAUCAUGUUCCACUCAUGCAAUGGAUUCUCCGUCGGCACGGACAUGAACGCCUGGGUGGGGCCAAACCUGUGGAACGAUGUGAUGCGCGUGCAUGACAAGAAGCCAUUCCACGUUAUGGUUGGCGGCGGUGACCAGAUCUAUAACGACGGUAUUCGUGUGGAUGGCCCGCUCAAGCCUUGGACUACCAUUGCGAACCCGCACAAGAGACGCAACCAUGACUUUGAUAAUCAGAUGCGCGCUGAUUGUGAUGAUUACUACUAUGCCAACUAUGUCCGCUGGUACAACACCGAGCCAUUCCGCACUGCCAAUGGCCGCAUUCCCCAGGUCAAUAUCUGGGAUGAUCAUGAUAUCAUCGAUGGGUUCGGCUCGUAUACGGAUCACUUCAUGAAGUGUGCUGUCUUCCGUGGUAUCGGCGGUGUGGCUUUCAAGUAUUACUGUCUCUUCCAGCACCACAUAGCUCCUCCCAAGUCAACUUACACUACCGAUUCCCCGCCGACUAUGCACGCCGUCAAUGGAACCUCCGGCGUUGACCCGCGUCAAGUAGAAAACACCUACGUUCUGGAGAACCAGGUCGAAGACGACAGCUGGAUCAUCGGCAAACGGCCCGGUCCGUACGUGGAAGAGCGCAGCCGAAAUCUCUACAUGCGCUUCGGCAAGCGCAUUGCCUUUAUGGGUCUGGAUGCGCGCACAGAACGCACCCGCCACCAAAUCAACUACGAGGAAACCUACGAUAUGAUCUUCGAGCGGCUGCAGAACGAGAUCGUCGCCGCCAACGGCGACAUCAAGCACCUGGUGGUCUUGCUAGGAGUGCCUAUCGCAUACCCCCGUCUAGCAUGGCUCGAAAACAUCCUCACAUCCCCCUUGAUCGCGCCAAUCCGACUGCUGAACAAGCGCUUCGGCGUGGCAGGCGGCCUCUUCAACGAAUUCGACGGCCAAGUCGAUCUCCUCGACGACCUGGACGAUCACUACACCGCACGCCAACACAAGCGCGAGCGCAAGAUGCUGACCCACCGCCUGCAAGAGUUUGCCCGCAGCCACAGCGUACGCAUCACCAUCCUCAGCGGCGACGUCCACCUUGCCGCCAUCGGUCGCUUCUACUCCAACCCGAAACUCAACCUCGCCGGCGAAAAUGAUCACCGCUUCAUCGUCAACAUCGUCAGCAGUGCUAUCACCAAUAAGCCCCCACCCAAGGCCGUCGCCGACCUCCUCGCCCGCCGAAACAAAAUUCACCACCUCGACCGCGACUGCGACGAGACCCUGAUGCCUUUCUUCAACACGCAGCCCGGCGGCAAGGAGAAGGGCGGCGCGUUCAAUAAGGUCACCAUGCCCUCCCGUAACUACGCCAUUAUCACCGAGGUCGUCGCCCCCGGACCUGGUAACACUGGUGUCCUCGAAGCCAAUUCCGCGAAACUAGAACAUCUUCCCAAGGACGGCCACGCACCACUCCACAAGGGCGAAGUCGAUGCUGGAACGACGCACAGCGCCGCUGAUGGGCUCACUUGUGCGAGUGGCAUGUAUGGCGGUCUAGAUGUUGCCGUCCGUGUGGAGAUCGACCCCCACGAUCGUAAUGCCACUACCGAGGGAUACGGAUUUAGUAUCCCGCCCUUGGUGGCUACCGAGGGUCCCCCUUCCACCGGCCACCGACUUAGUCUGCACUCGCGCAGGUCGCACCAGGGCCGGCCAUCUACGGCGCAAUGA